AUGAGUACCUCAUCGCCCAAAAAGCGAUUCCGCGCCAAGGUACCACCUGAAAAGCGGAAGAGGAUUGCGCAGGCCUGCACGGAAUGCCGCAAGCGAAAACGGAAAUGUCGCCAGCAAGAAAGCGGGAUUUGCGUACAAUGCCAGGAGAAUCAGACAGAGUGUCACUCCGAAGCGAUCUCUAGGGAGAUUGAAGUCCCAUUCACUGAUGGACGGUCCAUCUCCAAGUGGCGGGUCCCUCCAGCAGCUCAACAAUAUAUCGAAGACGAGGUGAAACAGCUGCACCCCGGAAUGCAUGUGCCUUUCGAGGUUAUCCGAUCGGCAGCCCUGGCGAUGGAGAAGUACAGGGUUGUUGAAGACGUUGCCGACACCGUGGCGGCUCCACCAGAACCACAAUAUCCGUUGAAUGAGGGAUUUCUGGACCACUUCUCCAAACAGAUUUCGCAAGCCGUGGGCAGGCCAAUCGAGAGUCCAACACCGACGGGGAGCCUUCAUGGUUUCGACGACCAUCACGAACUCCUCAGUGAACUCCUAACCCAACUGCCUUUGUGGCCGAAGGCCGACACCUUGAUCUCGGCCUUCUUCCAUUACGGAGAAAGCAACUGGUAUUACUGUGACCAGGAGAGGUUCCGGAAAAGGCUCGACUCCAUCUAUCAGCACGGUAUUCAGAGCAGCGAGGCCACGCCGGAAUUCGUCUGCUUGACCCUCAUGGCUCUGGCCAUGGGCAGCCACUUCCAGCAUCUCCCAACCUUGUCGCGAUCAUAUCUCCAGAACAUGCCGGACGAUGACAACCGACUCCCAGGAAGAAGAUAUUUUGAGGCGGCACAACAGCUCCUGCCAUACAUCAUGCAACAUAUCAGCAUUGAAAGUGUCCAGAGCACCGUUCUUAUGGCGCUAUUCCUCCUUCCGGUCGGACAGCGGAAGUCGAACUACACCUUGAUCGGAUUGAGUCUUCGCAUGGCCAUGGCGCUGUCUCUGCAUAGACGAACAUUCGAUACGACACCACUGGCGGAAGAGUCAAGAAGAGUGUUUUGGACUGUUUGGUGCCUGGAGAAACGACUUUCUUUGGUCUGGAGGGCACCCGAUAUGCUACGGGAAAGAGAAAUCACAGCUCCAAUGCCAGCGCAUCACGUUUCGUUGGACUCCAGCAACCCCCAGAAACUGGUCCGACUGAGGGCGUUCGUCGACUUGACCAAAAUACAAAGCUAUGCCGCACAGAUCAGCACGUCAGAAGCAGACAUUGGCGAGAUCUUGAAGAUAGAGGAGCGUCUACAAAUCUGGAACCAAAGCUUGCCCGACUCGCUCCGCUCGUAUGAUCCUGAUCAUAUGCGCGCAACGAUUCAUCUUCAGGUCAUGUACAACUUGAUUUGGAUGGAGCUUGGCCGCGCGCCUCUACUCUCGCUGGUGAAGCAGGCGAUCGAUCACCAACUUGCAGAUUCACCGACUUCAGCAGAUAAACGACAGCGACAGCAGCGACGUCUGGCCGAGCUCUGCGCCUCGUCUGCGCACACAGUGCUCCGGCUUGUUCAGUCAUUGCGGCAGGUCGGCCGGCUCGCCGCCUUCUCUUACUCCGACUUCCACGCUUGCAGCUCUGCCGUUGUUUUGAUUUUGGUAGAUUCCCUCCUCCACCCUCGUCUCGGAGUUGCAGAUGCUGUUGGCGUGGGCAUCGAAACGCUGGAGAUGCUCGCCUUUGGGAACGAGUACGCCCAACGAGGGGUCACAUUGGUUAAACGCUUCUGCAAAAUGGUGGGCGAAGUCACGCCCGGGCGCGUGGGCACUGACACGGACGCGCCGGGACGUCAGACUAGCGAUCGCCUCGUAAAGCGAACAGCUUCGGCCGCAUCGCUAUCUACAGAGGACACGUCUCUCGGACCAGGACUACCCAUAGUCGACGUCGCAAAUAGCGAGCAGUCCGCAUGGUCCGUCAACGAUGUGAGCUACGCUGGGUCUAGUUGCAUCAAUCAUUCGUACGAAGAAGCCGACUUUGCUGCCUUGGAAGCAAUCAUGGGUCCUGGCUCUGAUCUUUGGACCGACGAUCAAAAUGUGGAAGAUCUUUGUUUUUUUGGCUUCAGUGGGGUCGGCCCCGGUAUUCUUUAGCAUCAGUCAUCCGUACUGAUGGUUGAGAUAGGUGAAAAAGAAUGGGGGCGGCAGGAAUGAAGCAGGCCAUUACAAAGUGGAUUUUCAAGUUAUAACUCGGUAAUUGAAUCGGCGUGGUUCGAGCUUUUAAAUAUCUC